CGACGACGAUCCAUUCCAAUCCAAUCCCUAUGAGUUGUCUCGGCGUAAUGGCGGCGGAUCCGCUUCUAGCAUCGGGUCGGAGCUCCGAGAUGCUGGACCUCCUAGCGCUUCAAUCAAAGAUGAAGUGCGACCCUGAAGGCUACGAAUCGGAGCUACUGCUUCUCAAAGGUCAAUUCAACUCGUUGCUGGAACUCUUUCAGCAAAAUGCCGCAAUGAACUUCACCUCCAGCAUCGGCAUCGACCGAGACUCUACCAUCGCCAAAGAACUCAGCGAGAAGGCCAAAGUCCUCGCCCACGUCACUCCCUUCUACCCUAACCACCUCGCCGAUUUCCCUCAAAAACUCGCCGAUUUUCUUCGGAGCACCGCGCGCACUCUACCUUCGAAGCUUCGCUGCGACCUCACUAAAUCUCAUAUCAUGCUUAUUAAUCGAAAGAUUGUUGAAAUUCGGGAAACACUGUCAUUGUUCAUGGAGCUUCAAACCCUUGGUGACAAAAAGCUGAGGAAGUUGGCGUUCAAUCACGUUGUUACAAGCAUAAAGGACAUGAACGAAAAACAUAAGGACGAAGCGAAGAACCGAUCACUUCAGAAUGUCCUUUUUACGAUGCUACAGGAGGAGGAUGAAGUGCGGGCACACAGGGCGUUUGAGACUCUACGUAAACUUCACCAGGGGAAAGUGUGGUUUGAUGAGAGAACUGGAAAUGCAAUUUGCACUGCUUCCUUCCAUCAAUCAUCGAGGAUCAUGAAAGCGGCUUUACAGUUUCUGCUUGGUUAUGAGAAGAUUGAAAAUGCUGAAGAUAGUGAUGAUUCAAGCAGCAAUGAUGAAUUGGCCGAAUCACCUCAAGUUAUCCUUAGAAGGGAGGCUGUUUAUAAGGCAAACCACCAAGGAACAUCAGCUAGCAAAAAGAAAAAGCAAGCAAAACUUCAACGUGCCGUACGCAGCAUAAAAAAGAAGCAACGCUCGUCUGAAAACAGCAAUAGGAAUUAUUAUUCACCACUUAAUCAUUUGAAAGAUGCUCAGGGUUUUGCUGAGAAGCUGCUCUCGCGUGUUCAGAAUUGUAAUGAACGAUUUGAGGUUAAGAUGAUGAUGUUGAAAUUGAUUGCCCGAACAGUUGGACUUCACCGGUUAAUUUUGUUAAACUUUUAUCCUUUUCUUCAGAAAUAUAUUCAGCCGCAUCAACGUGACGUUACAAAUUUGCUUGCAGCAGUGGUUCAGGCUUGCCAUGAUAUGGUUCCUCCUGAUGUAGUUGAGCCCUUGUUCAAACAAAUAGUAAAUCAAUUUGUACAUGACCGUUCACGUCCAGAGGCUAUCACUGUUGGACUAAAUACAGUCAGGGAGAUAUGCAUGCGCAUGCCAUUGUUAAUGAAUGAAGACUUACUACAAGACCUUGCCCUAUAUAAGAAAUCACAUGAGAAGUCAAUUUCAAUAGCAGCUCGAUCUUUGAUUGCAUUAUUCCGAGAGGUUUGCCCUUCGCUGCUAGUUAAGAAGGAUCGUGGGCGGCCCAUUGACUCUGAGGCUAGACCAAAGGCCUAUGGAGAAGUCAAUGUUGCCAUUGAUGUUCCUGGUGCUGAGUUGUUGCAGAUUAUUGACAAUGAUGAUGAGCAAGAGAGUGAUGAUUCUGUAUGCAGUGGCUCUGAUGGUGAACAGGAAAAUGAUCAGAUGAGUAUCAAUGAUGAUGAGAACCAGCUUUGCAGUGAUAAUACUGAAAGUGGUGAUGAUGAUGAAGCCAAAGAUACUGAUGUCGGAUCAGAAGAUGAAGAUGACCAAAGUUCUGAUUACGAAACAUAUGUUAGUGAUGCCGACAAUGAUUUUGAAGAUACGGGGGACGUCCUUGAAGACAAUGAACAGUCUGAUGACGAGGAUGGCGAGGUUUCAGAACAUGAAGAAGAUGACGAUCUGCAUACCUUUAGUGAUGAUGGAAGUGCGGAGACAAAAGGAAUAUUGAAAGACUCAGCAAAAAAAAGGAAGUUUACUGAUUUUAAUGGUCAACUUGUAGCUGCUGAUACAAGUCUCCGGGCUUUGAAGAAAUUGGCAGGGACAACAAUGGGGGAUGCCCUCCCAGAAUCUAAAGAUGGAAUUCUUUCAAAUGAGGACUUUCAGAGGAUCAAGGAACUAAAGGCAAAAAAAGAAGUAAAAACUGCAUUGGUUCAGCAUGGGCUAGCAAAAUCAGCAACAGUUAAGGUUCCAAGCGCUGAUCAGCUAAGUUUAAAGCGAGUGGAUGGUACCAUGCUUGAAGCUCAUGUAAGGAAAAAGCUGAGCAAGGAUGAAAGGUUGGCAUUGGUUAGAGCAGGGAGGGAAGAAAGAGGAAAAUACUACGCCCGAACUGCUGUAAAACAGAAAAAGACGGGUGGCCUAAGCAACAGACAAAAGGAGCACAAGAAGAAAAUGCCUCUGGCUGCUAAGAGAGGUAAGGUAGCAAGAUCUCGGAUAGAGAAAAAGAAAAAGAAUCAGCAGUCUGGCAAACAGUUCCGUGGGAGGAAAGCCUGGAAAUGAUUAGCUACAAAAUAUGGUUUCGCAUUAUAAACAUAGAUUUUUUAUUCUUUGGAAAGAACCUUCUUAGCCCCUUUUCCCAAUCCCACCUCUUCAUCCGGUUAUAAGUUAAAAUCGUUAUAUUGAAUUUUGAUUAUUUUGAGCAGUUUUUUUUUUUCCUAAUUCAUUAUCAUAAGCUGUAUUACGUAUUAUUUCUCCUCACAAUUCUCCGUUCAAUGACAACUCAAUAGAAUGAUUAGAUUUAGCUGUAUGAUAUGAUUCAAUGUUAAUGGACAAGCACAAAUGCAAUAGA